AUGAGCAGCUUUGAACUAUACGAGACCAAAACUCGGUAUUAUUUGAUAGGCACCAAUCAAUCAAGGCAAAAAUAUCGUGUCCUGCAAAUCCAUCGCAACAACCCCAAGGAGCUAGUAGUGAUCGAAGACGAUGUGGUGUACUCUGAAGCGGAAAAGACAAGGCUACUGAAUAUGAUCGAGUAUGGCAAUAUGUCCGUAGGCGGCCUUCAACUUGUUCCUAUGCGCAUUUAUGGCAUUGUCGGCUUUAUCCGGUUUACGCAAGGGUGGUACAUUAUUUUUAUCACCAACGUCAAACAGGUGGCGUUGAUAGGCGGUCAUUAUGUCUAUCAUAUUGAUGAAACACGUCUUGUACCUAUUGGGCCUCAAGUCAAAGUCGACAAGAAUUCAGAUGAAGCUCGCUACAUUGCUACGUUUCAAAAUAUCGAUUUGACCAAAAACUUCUACUUCUCCUAUACAUAUGAUAUCACCAAUACCCUUCAGGUCAAUAUGACUGGCCCGCCACCGACAAUGGAUACUCAAAACAGCAAAUCAAAAAUGCCUGUCAGCCACAACGAUAUGUUUGUAUGGAAUCAUUACUUGCUGAAAUCGGGCUUCAAGGACCUCAACAGUCGCUCUGGAUGGAUUCUUCCUCUGAUCUACGGAUUCGUUGAUCAAGCCAAGAUAUCGGUGCUCGGUCGAAAUGUUGUUAUUACUUUAAUUGCUCGACGGUCCAGACACUUUGCUGGCGCGCGCUUUCUCAAACGAGGUGUCAAUGAUAUGGGUUUUGUGGCGAACGACGUUGAAACGGAACAGAUCGUUGCAGAAAUGACGACAACGUCGUUUCAUUCUACUGAUCGACUGUUUGGCAACCCACGCUAUUCAUCUUACGUGCAACACCGAGGAUCUAUCCCUUUGAUAUGGACACAAGAUCCAACAAACAUGUCACCAAAGCCUCCUAUUGAACUGAACGUGGUUGAUCCAUUUUAUACAGCUGCUGCAUUGCAUUUUGAAAACCUGUUCGCAAGGUACGGGACACCGUGCAUUGUACUAAACUUGAUCAAGCAAAAAGAAGCACAUAAGCGUGAAUCUAUUCUGGGAAGCGAGUUCGAACAAGCCAUCACAUACUUAAAUCAAUUCUUGCCAGAGGAUAAAAGGAUAAAGUACAUUGCUUGGGAUAUGUCAAGGGCAUCCAAAAGCAACCAAGAUGUUAUUGGCUAUUUGGAAACCGUUGCUCAGCAAACCAUCGACUCGACAGGGUUCUUUCAUAGCGGUCCCGAGCCCUAUAUUAAUGCUAUGCGAUCCAGGCAACAUGGUGUUCUGCGUACUAACUGUAUUGAUUGCUUGGACCGAACCAACGCCGCCCAGUUUCUGAUGGGAAAAUGCGCUCUUGGCCAUCAGCUGUAUGCGUUAGGUGUAGUUUCUUCGCCGAAAAUUGAUUUUGAUUCAGACGCUGUAAAUAUCUUUACGGAAAUGUAUCAUGAUCAUGGCGACACAAUCGCGCUCCAGUAUGGUGGUUCACAUCUGGUCAACACCAUGGAAACGUAUCGCAAGAUCAACCAAUGGACAAGCCAUCCUCGCGAUAUGAUUGAGACUAUCCGUAGAUUCUAUGCAAAUGCAUUCUCAGAUGCCGACAAGCAGGAUGCCAUCAACUUGUUUCUAGGCAACUUUGUCACCGAGGACGGUCAGCCGAUGUUAUGGGAGCUGAAUUCUGAUUAUCACUUGCACAAUCAAGACCCUCGAAUUCAAGCAACACGGCGAGAUUACCGAAAAUGGUGCUCAACUGAAGUGCUUGUACCAAAGCACGAAGACGUGGAUCCAUCAGCGUUUCAUAUUCCCAGCACCCUUCGCAAACCAGCCGAAAAUCCCGACGAGAGCGAUCCAUAUCAUGGAUACUGGUCAGAGUAUUAUGACCCUCGUCACUUGACGUCUUUGGAUACAUUGUUUGCUUACAACAUGAAUGGAACUCUCAAAUAUCGUUUUCCCCAAGUUGCCAUGAAUGGCCAUGACAAGGAUACGGAGUAUGUAUCAUUAUUCUCCCUUCACUAA